AUGAGUCUAUACUCUGUCAAUGCAGGCAUGCAAGUCGGAAAUAUUAAAGAUUUUAUUAAAUUUACGCAGUUUAUGAGAAAAUAUGGAGAUGAGCACACUCAUAAAGGAAGAGAAGAUGAUCAGCAUUUCCUGACUUUUAGUAUGGCUCUUAAGAAAUUUGAUGAAAUAUUAAAUUAUCAAAUUCUUAAUUACUCAAGCGAUUUCAUGGUUGCGGGAUCUAGAUAUUAUAUGAAUCAUCCAAAGAAAAUUAAAGGCCAAAAAUUCGGAAAUUGGUCUGUUAAUGGAAAAGUUCCUGUGAUUUAUCACCAGUUUGAUAGAACUAACUAUUAUAUUACGCAAAUUAAACGAAAAUGUAAACUUCAUGGAAUCCUUGCAGAUCAUACUUCAAUUAAAUCAUGA